AUGGCAAGCGGGGACCGGCAGCUUGCUUUCCCUGCUCCUGGGAAGCCUAAAUCCUGGGCUCAGAUAGCCUCUGGUCUCUGUCGGUCCUCGGACAACUCUCCCCUGCACAAUGAACAAAUCCUUGCCAAACUCAAAGUAACAACUACUGAUUUUAUCAGACUUGAUAGCGAUGCUAUAAACAGAGCUAGAAUGAAGUUUCAACAUGCCCUUUAUGGAAAAUUGUUUGGUAAGACACCGAAUUUCGAUCAAGUCAAGUCUGAGUUGCUCGCUAAAUGGAGCUCCUUUGGCAAGGUUUCCAUCUCCUAUCUUCCCAAUGGAUUUCUUCUAAUCCGGUGUCCCUCCCAAGCAUGCAUGCAGCGUAUCCUCCUUGAUGGACCUUGGUCUGUAAAUGGUAUCAUCCUCCAGCUCUCCCCUUGGAAGCCCUACUUUGAGCCUACCUUUCCAAGCUCAGCACCGCUGCUAUCUGGUUGCAACUCCACAACCUUCCCAUUGAGUUUUGGGGGGAUCGAUGAAUUUACUAAUUCUCUCAGUCGAUCCAAGUAUGCCCGCAUCUGUGUUGAGAUUGACUUGUCCAAACCUCUCUCACGGGGAUUCUGGAUAGGAGAUGAUCUCCACCGGGUGUUUGUUGUGGUCCAGUACGAACGUUUACCAACUUUCUGUUACAUGUGUGGUAUGAUCGGACAUGGAAGCAACUCCUGCCCAUGA